AUGGACGGAUCAGGGAACCGGUAUAGUGCAGGUGGCGACGCGAACGGAGAGGUGGCGCAAGGCUCGAAGGAUGAGCGCAAGUAUUUGUAUCUAUUAGUUUCCGGGGCCGUUGCACAACAUGUGCAAAGAACGCCUACGCGUCCCGGGAGCAGCAGCCACUGUCCAGGUACGACUCCCUCACUCGACGACAUAUCAAAGCAUUCCGCAUCUAUGGCUGCCACUCAACCAAAGAUAGACAUUAACGCGUAUCUCGAUCAGGGUAUCUCAGCCACACCUUCCGACCUUCACCCUUUUUUCGAGUCUUUCAGGACUCUGCACAGUCGUAAACUAUGGCACCAAAUGACACUCAAGCUAGCCGAGUUCUUUGACCACCCGCUGUCAAAACCAUAUCGGGUAGAUGUGUUCAAUAAGUUCGUGCGGGACUUUGAGGCGCGACUGAACCAGCUACGGCUGGUGGAGAUGGGUGUCAAGGUCUCAAAGGAAAUCGACAAUCCCGCUAACCAUCUCACCUUUCUUACCGACUUGCUCUCUCGCGUGAAUACCGAAAAGGCGCCAGAGGCCCAUGUCCUCCUUCUCGCAAGCCUUGCGCAUGCAAAACUGUUGUUCGGUGACCUUGAGGGUACAAAGACAGACAUAGAUGCUGCUUGGAAGAUCCUCGACGAGCUUUCCGGUGUAGACAACAUUGUGAAUGCCGCCUAUUAUGGGGUAGCUGCCGACUACUAUAAGGCAAAAGCAGAGUAUGCACCAUACUACCGCAAUUCUCUUCUCUACCUCGCAUGCAUAGACCUCGCGAAGGAUCUGACAGCGGAAGAGCGGGUUGUGCGCGCACACCAUCUCGCCAUUUCGGCAUUCCUCGGGGAGACGAUCUAUAACUUUGGCGAACUCCUGAGCCAUCCGAUCCUGGACGCGCUAGACAACACGCCGCACGACUGGAUCAAGAAGCUGCUGUUCAUCUUUAACGAAGGGAACAUUGGAAAGUUUGAGGGUCUUUCGCCCGUGUUUGGCAAAGAGCCGAUUCUGCACGAAAACUAUCCGUUCCUCCGGCAGAAGAUCUGUCUUAUGGCACUGAUCGAGUCGGUUUUUAAGCGCAAUGCGUAUGACAGGACGAUGUCGUUCCAGACCAUCGCCGAAGAGACCCGGCUGCCGCUCGAGGAGGUCGAGCAUCUGGUAAUGAAGGCAUUGAGCCUGAAGCUCAUCCGCGGGUCGAUGGACCAGGUCGACCAGAAGGCGUACAUUACGUGGGUGCAGCCGCGCGUGCUGUCGCGGGACCAGAUCGCGCAGUUGGCGCAGCGGCUGGCCGCGUGGGGGGAAAAGCUACAUACGGUGGAAGAGCGUAUUGCUCCGGAGGUUCUCGUGAAUGCUUGA